CCUCAAAUGGAGCAGCAAGAACUGCAGUUGGAGAGGGGCAUGUCGUUUCUACAAUAUGGAUGCUUUCUGGUAAGUGGUAAGUAGAGAUAGUCUCAAGAGUACUGGAAAUACACCCCUAGGAGUCACAGGACGGCAGAGGUGAAUUAGGCUAUAGUCACAAUUGUACAAAAGGAAAUAGAAUUGCAGUGGGUGAGACUGGCCCCUACAUCUUGGGUGGUUCUGGUCAGGGAUAUACUGUAUAGAGGAAAGAUUCUUGUCCCAUUGUGAUUAGGAUGUGGGCAUGACCUGCUCAGCUCUUUGGGUAAGGCGCUUAAACACAAAGUAGCCCUGGGCCAGGUAAUGUGAGAUUUGCUUUAGACACUUUGUUCCUGGGCUCAGGUUUAGUGAGUGACUGAAGGGGGAAUAGUCAUUAGGAAUGCAGAUUUAUUAUACACAGUGGGAUUAUUCUUGUUGUGAGGGACAAAAACAAUUCUGAACGGCUAAAUUGGGUUUAGUAAAUGAAAUGAAUUUCCCUUGUUCCCAUUUGGCUGCAGGUAUUUCUCAUCUAAUUUACCAUUUCUAUAUUUAAGAUGAGAUGAAUAAAAGGCAGAACAUUCUUGUAGUUUUACUACUUCAGUCGUUCCUUUUAGUGGGUUCUAAAUAAACCCAGACCUUUUCUCUGGCUAUUUAAUCCAAUGAGAACAUUCUGUCCUGUUUAUAAAGAACUUUUAGCUUAAAGGGCAGGGAAAGGGGGCAAACAAAUGACUCUUUCUGUGUGAGAUUUGGGUCUAUUUGGGCCAUUCUGUGAACAACCCAACUUCAGACACCUUAAAUCAUUGCUGCCCGGGAAACAGGAGGUAAAAGUUUUUUGCACCAACAGGAAGUUCAAUGCCAUCUUAAAGCAGGUCUUGAAUAAGUGUAGUUUUGGUUUGUGAUCAUCCAAUAACAUCAUCCCAUUGCAGAUUCCCUCAACCCAACUCUUUCCCCUGGUGAUUCUUUCUGGGGCUCAUGGAAGUUGAGAUAAUGAUGAUUCUUUUUCAUUAACAUCAUAAGAAGAAGACGCAAUGGCCACAGUACAAGAACAAGACAGUUUCUAGUGCCCUGGUCUCUCAAUCUCAUGUUGCUUCCAAAAGUUCCAGACUUAUAGGGUCUCCUAUAAACUUCCUUUGGCCACUUUCAAACUCAAGACUCCAGAGUUCCAAACUUUCCCACCAACGCACUUGAACAGAAAAGCUUCUGAGCUCCAAAUUGCUUCCGAGGCUGACACUGGCAGAAAAGAUCUCAGAGCUUGGAGAAGUCAAAUGAAGUGACUUUGUCAGAACUUUGAGUUACUUUGUCUUGUGUAGAUCCUGUCCGAUGUCCUAUAGACUCCCAUAGCUUACAGCUCUUUUGUAGACCCACUUUAUUACCAAUGAGCUCUAAGUUCUGGAAAGUUACUUUGCACCAAAGCAAUAGUAGACCUCAGACUCAAUUAAGUCCAAGGUCUUCAGAGCAACACUCUUACAGAUCCACUUUCAACCCAAGCCUUCAGAGGUCAAGUUUGUCCUGCAGAUUUUGCCAUUUUGAGAUCAAAGCUGAUGAGCCAGAAUAUACUCCAAAUCUUUCUCUUCUGCUACUGAUUGUCCUUAUCUCUUGAUCAUGGACCAACCAUACCCUUGCUAUUCUGCCAGUGGAAAUCCUUAGUGAUUCCAUCCAGCUCAAGCCUACGGCACCAAAGUCUUUUCCAAUGGAAGGACCUUCAGCCACCAGGAACCAGUUUCAGCUCUUCAGAGUUGUCCUCUCCAUAAUGUUACGUCUCUACAACAGGGAUGAGCUGAGAUUUCAUCAUGGCCACCUGGUGCCCAAGUCAUUGGCAUCAUCAGCAUCUGUUCCCACCUGUAUUUUGUAGUUGGAACCUUGGCCCAGGGCCUGGUUGGACUAAUUGGCAGUUUAAUGAAUUGGUUUCAUUAUGAAACACCAGGACAUUGUUUGGUUUAACUGUUGGGAACAUAGCCAAUCCAGGCUGAUGCCAUGAGGUGAAUAAAGGAGGGGUGGGGUAAAGGUCUUGUACUUUGGAUCUACUGGACAUUUGGACCCUUUUAGACCCCCAGUGGGGGGGGCUCAUGUGCGUCACAUCAUUAUGCCACACUUUCCCUUCGCUCAUUAACAGUGGAGAACAAAGUUCUUUAUCAUUUUUUUUUUCAUGGAGAUCUGCCCUUACGGGGGAGACGGACGUCAGUGCCCCUGGGAAAGCCUGAGCCGUACCCCCCUUGUUGUUUUGGAGAGAAAAGAGAGGCAUUAUUGAGGGAUCAGAGCUGUGUGUCCCUCUCCUGCCACAGGCAUAAAAGGCAUGAACUCACCAGGCGACUGCUCAGACCUCCUCCUUCCCCAGAGUCCUGCACUCUCGUAGUGAGACACGUGCUACUAUCACGGCUGCAGGGGCAGUCUCAGCAUCUCUGCACAUUGUCUGCCCCACAAAGCAUGAGCCUCGCAAUCUCUCCUGGAACGCACCCUGUGAUUGCUCUCCCUCUCUUCAAGAACCAAAAUCAGAGACAGAGAUGGACCCCACCAAGGAGCAGAGACGACUCUGUUGCCCCAGUGGCCAAGAGAAAUCACCCCCCAGAGGGUCUGGCCUUGUAGGAAAGGGCUGCUUUAAGGGGCUUGAGAUUUUCUUGGCAGCGUUGUGUUUCGUUUAUUUUGCCAAAGCGCUGGCCGGGAGUUACCUGAAAAGCACCAUCACCCAAAUAGAGCGAAGAUUCGACAUCCCCUCUUCCCUGGUCGGCGUCAUUGAUGGCAGCUUUGAAAUUGGGAAUCUCCUGGUGAUCCUGUUGGUAAGCUACUUUGGCGCGAGGCUACACAGACCCAAAAUAAUUGGAACGGGCUGCCUGAUUAUGGCGGCUGGAACAUUUCUAAUUGCGAUGCCGCAUUUCUUUAUGGGUCGCUAUUCUUAUGAGAGACCUCUAGUUCAUUCUGCUAAUUCUUCUAUCAACGUCUCUCCAUGUGCACAAGAUUCUAGGGACCCCAAAUUCAUUCCCUCGGAAAAUCCUCAUAGGAAUCUCGGCACAGGCUGUGAAAAAGACCUUGGGAACUCAAUGUGGGUUUACAUUCUGUUGGGAAAUCUCCUGCGAGGAGUCGGAGAAGCCCCAAUCCAACCGCUGGGAAUUUCUUACAUUGAUGACUACACCAGUGAAGAUAAUACGGCCUUCUAUAUCGGUUGUGUCCAGACGUCUGCCGUUAUUGGGCCAAUAUUUGGCUUUCUCUUGGGAUCUUUGUGUGCCAAGCUCUUUGUUGACAUUGGAUCAGUGAACUUAGACAGCGUUACAAUUACCCCGGCAGAUGCCCAUUGGGUGGGAGCCUGGUGGCUUGGGUACUUAAUAGCCGGAGGAAUCAGUAUACUGGCCACAAUUCCCUUCUGGUUCCUGCCUAAGGAACAGCCGCGAGCAGAAAUGCACAAAAACUCAGGCACCUCCUCCGAGCAGUCGAGAUUUAUUCUUGAGGAGCAAAAUGAGGCGAAUACGGAGCAAGAUCAAGUGCAUUUACUGAACAUGGUGAAAGAUUUCCUGCCGUCAGUGAAGGAUCUUUUGGGAAACCCGGUGUAUUUCCUAUAUCUGUGUGGGAGCGUCUUCCAGUACAACUCUCUCAUUGGGAUGGUCACCUACAAGCCCAAGUACAUUGAGCAGCAGUACGGACAAACCUCUUCCAAGACAAACUUCCUAAUAGGUCUCAUCAACAUCCCGGCCGUGGCCCUGGGCAUUUUUUCUGGUGGAGUCAUCAUGAAAAGGUUCAGAAUAAAUAUCUUGGGAGCAGCAAAAUUGUUACUGGGCCCCUCACUCCUGGGGUACCUGAUGCUCUUCUCUUUAUUUGCAAUGGGGUGCAAAAACUCCUCCAUGGCCGGACUGACUGUCUCUUACCAAGGCUCUGCCCAGAUCUCCAAUCAGGAAAAUGGGGUGUCUGAGUGUAAUGUGGGGUGCAGGUGCCCCCUGAGCCACUGGGAUCCAGUGUGUGGGGAGAAUGGGCUGACGUAUUACUCUGCCUGUUUUGCCGGAUGCAGCGUCUCCAGUGCGACGGGGAAGAGGGCGGAGUUCUAUAACUGUAGCUGUGUCGGGGCCCCGGCGUCUCACUCUGGGGGCGGUUCCGCAGUGGCGGGUUCUUGUGCAAAAGGAAGAGAUUGCUCCAAAAUGUUCUUGUACUUUGUGGUGAUGUCAGUGAUGACCUCAUUUGCUCUGUCACUAGGGGGCACCCCCGGAUACAUGCUGCUUCUCAGAUGCAUCAAACCCGAGCUGAAAUCCUUUGCACUGGGCAUUUACACUUUGGUGAUACGGGUGCUCGCGGGGAUCCCGGCGCCCAUGUACUUGGGGGCUUUGAUUGACACUGUCUGCCUCAAAUGGAGCAGCAAGAACUGCAGUGGGAGAGGGGCCUGUAGGUUCUACAAUAUGGACGCUUUCCGGUACAUCUACCUUGGCAUGACGUUGGCACUGGGGACAGUGUUUAUCUUCAUGACCGCGGCUGUUGUUCUAAUGGUACAGAAACGUUUCCACCCAACGGAGAAUAAGGCUGCGGAUGGUCGAUGUACAGGUUCAGCUUUGCCCCAAAAUGGGAAUCUUGUCAGUAAUUUAAACUUGCUGCAAACGACGUACUGGGCCCACAAGGAGACUCGACUCUAAAGGGAAAGAGCUGAGAAAUGGAAAGUCCUAUUGGGUUUAGUUCAACUACUUACUCAUUGAGAAACAUCCUCCAAUAACCAAAGGUUCCCACAAUGGGAGACAGUGGAUCCACUUCCGACUGAUCAGAACACCCUACAUCUGAAUUGGUCUGUACUUGGGAUUGGAUCAGCACCGACCCAGGUCGUACUUUAUAACCCAGCGGGUGAGCU